AUGGCGUGUCGGCGGCUGCAGGUGAUGGCCUGGGUGUUGCGAGCUCUGCCCGAGUUGGGAGUAUCCGGCAGCAGACCAAACCAGAAAGUCGGAAAGGCUAAAAAUUAUAAGGUAUAUGUUCCAUACGGUGUAGGAGUACCUGUGUCUGGAUCGUCCCAAUACUGUGCAACUUUACUCCGUAUCGUGUCAAGGGGUUUGAGGUAUUGCCGUGUUAAGGUCGGGGCAGCACUCCACCACCAGCACUUGCAUCUUGCCCUUCCACUAUUUCCCAUGUCAUCCAGCCCACCUCAUCUUCAACCCGCACCCGCUUCACGAAUCACCCAGGCCCAAGUCAACACCAACCCACAUUAUCAAAACUUCAGCUCCUGGUCCUUCACCUGCGUUGGAUCUGCAUUUGCACCUUGGCACCGCAUCUGCAUCCUGCAAUUGGCAUUGGCAAUUGGCACAGAAGUGGCUCUGGCCCUCACCAACAUUGCACUUGCAGCUGAGUGA